CCUACCUACCCUUACUUCAAUCCCAAACGGUUCUCUUCUUUCUCUCCGGAGAUUUUAUAUAUCACAUGACUAACCUUAUUAUCAGCCUUGGCAUUGGGGCGAUCGCAGCUCAAAAGCCAAGCUGGUGAUAAUUUAAUAUUUCGCAUCCAAAACGCGCGGGUUUUACGAAAAAGAAAUUAAAAGCCUCAGAAUCAAGUACCAGGAGGAUAGCACUCACCUCUUGAGUCUUUUUUUGAGCUCCAUAUUACCCAUACUUCAUCCGUUUCAGCGACAUCAGCACGCUUUACUGAGUUCUAUUGUGCGGAAACACAGUACCGACCUCCUGAAUAAAUACACUUUAAACGGCCUUCUUCGAUCUCUUCUUGUUGCGCUGGACGAAACUGAGGGGACAGACGGACAUGCUAUAGCACUGAAACCCCAAAAAUAUCCUAAAUCCCAAUCGCGCGCCGGCAUCCGUGGACGGGUCCCCCCGUUCAGCCUUCACGGUCCGCUGUGAAUUACGAACUACCUCAACAGCUAGCUGCCAUACUAUAGUUCCCACCCCCGAAAGGACAGGUGGUGAAGAACGACAAUCAGCGCCAUGGAUAUCCGGACAUAUAUAUCCGACUCCCUCCUACGGCUAACAGGCGCCUCAGAUGCGACGGUCAUCGAUUACAUCCUCGCCACCACGGGCUCCGUCAAAUCAGCCGGCUCCCUACAAGAGAAACUGGGACCGUUCCUGGACGGGAAUGAGAAUGAAAUCCAUUCGUUCUGCGCUGAGCUAUGGAGAAGGGUGCGUGGCAGUUCUGGUGCGGAAGGAGAUAGUGGUACAAAGGCUAGCAAGGAACAGCUAGCGGACGGGUUGAAGAAGAGGUAUAGAUUGGUUGAGAUGGAGGAAGACGAUAUGGAUGUUAAUGCUGGGUUGGCGCCGUUACAGACUACUGAAGUGGGGAAGAAGUCGAGCAGGAGGGCGAAAGAGAACGGAGAUCGCGGAAGGAGUCGGGACGGUGAUGACGGUGGUGAUGAUGAGUCGAGGCACAAGCGUGCGCAGCGUGCGUAUCGUGGUGUGCGAGGUGAGCGAAAACGGGAGCGGGAAGGCGAUCAUGAUCGCGAAAGUCGGCAUCGGUCCAAGAAGGUCCGCAGAAGGAACGACAGGGAUUUUGAAGACCGCUGGGGCGAUGAAGAAAUACCCGAAGACGAAGGUGAGAUGUAUGAUGAGCAACUACAACAAGAAGAGGCCCAACAAGAAGAAAAAGAACCAACACUACGCUCCCAGUCCCCUCGUUCUUCUUCUCCCUCUUCAGAUGGAGAUCCAGAGACCAGAGCUGAGCGGGCUAGACAGCGCGACCUCAAGGAGCGCGAUGAGUUCGCGAAACGCCUCGCGAAAAGGGACGAUUCGAAGUCAAAGAAAAUCGUCGAAGAUCGAUCGUCCACGAAAGACUCGGAUGCAGCCCGGCGUCGCGCGCUGGCUGAAGAUGCUGCGGCGAGGUCCGCGGCAAUGCCAGACUUGCGGCUUCGCUCGCGGCAGGAAUAUCUUAAGAAACGCGAAGCGGAGCGACUGGCUCUGCUGCGCAAGCAAGUCGCGGAAGAAACUGCCGAGCUUCGCGAGAAUCCAAACUUGACACGUCGGGAAAAAGAGGAGUUUAAGAAAAAUAGAGAAGUGCUACGGCUGGCGGAGGAGCGAUUGCGGAUUGACGAUUAUCGGGAUGGCUAUGCGUUGCCUGAAGAUUACAUUACAGAAAAGGGCAAGAUUGAUCGGAAGCGGAAAGAAGAAGCGCUUUAUAAACGUUAUGUUGAUCGGGAUGAGCAUGGACAUGAGCGGUUCGUUACUGAACAUGAGGAGUGGGAGAAUGAGCAGGCAGCUAAGGCUAGAGCACAAAUUCACAAGGCAGAGUUCGCUGAUGAAGGGGAUUACGAGUAUGUGUUUGACGAUGCGCAGAAGAUAAAUUUCAUCAUGGAUUCGAAGUUAGAAGGGGACCGGAAGCCGUUAACCAAGGAGCAGCUGCUCUUCCAGCAGAAGCUGGAUGCGGCAGAACAGAAAGCAACGUCCAUUGAGGAGACAAGGAAAAGCUUACCUAUCUACCGGUUUAGAGAGGAAAUUUUACAAGCGGUGGCUGAUCACCAGAUUAUUAUCAUCGUUGGAGAAACUGGUAGUGGGAAAACUACUCAAAUCCCUCAAUAUUUACACGAAGCGGGGUAUACCAAUGGGGGGAUGAAGAUUGGCUGCACGCAGCCUAGACGAGUUGCAGCGAUGAGUGUUGCUGCUCGUGUAGCUGAGGAGAUGGGCGUUAAGGUUGGGAAUGAAGUUGGAUAUGCUAUCCGGUUCGAGGAUGCUACCAGUGACAAGACAGUGCUCAAGUAUAUGACUGAUGGUAUGCUGCUACGUGAACUGCUUACGGAGCCUGACCUUGGUGCCUAUUCUGCACUGAUGAUCGACGAAGCCCACGAGAGAACUGUAUCCACCGAUAUCGCAUGCGGUCUGUUGAAGGAUAUUGCAAAGGCAAGGCCUGAUCUGAAAUUGCUUAUUUCAUCAGCAACGAUUGAUGCGCAAAAAUUCCAGAAAUACUUUGAUGAUGCGCCCAUCUUCAAUAUCCCUGGGCGAAGAUAUCCCGUGGACAUACACUAUACAUCACAACCGGAGGCAAAUUAUCUUGCCGCUGCGAUCACUACCGUAUUCCACAUCCACAUAAGCCAGGGGGCUGGCGAUAUUUUGGUCUUUCUUACGGGUCAAGAGGAAAUUGAGGCUGCAGAACAAAGUAUACAAGAGACAGCUCGGAAGCUAGGUUCCAAGAUACCAGAGCUGAUAAUAUGUCCCAUCUACGCGAACUUGCCUUCGGAACUUCAAGCCAAGAUCUUUGAACCCACCCCUCCCGGAGCGCGAAAGGUGGUUCUUGCUACCAACAUUGCAGAAACCAGUUUGACCAUUGACGGAAUUGUGUAUGUGAUUGACCCAGGCUUCGUGAAAGAAAACGUAUUCAACCCGCGCACUGGAAUGGAGAGCCUUGUUGUUACGCCCUGCUCGCGUGCAUCUGCUGGCCAGAGAGCAGGGAGAGCAGGCCGUGUCGGUCCAGGCAAAUGUUUUCGGCUAUAUACAAAAUGGGCUUUCUACAAUGAGCUAGAGGAAAACACCACUCCAGAAAUCCAACGGACAAACCUCAACGGAGUCGUCUUGAUGUUAAAAUCACUCGGGAUCGACCAGCUUCUCGAUUUCGAUUUCAUGGACCCACCACCUGCAGAAACGCUUAUCCGUGCUCUCGAGCAGUUAUACGCGCUCGGAGCGUUAAAUGACCAUGGCGAUUUGACCAAGGUUGGGAGGCAGAUGGCCGAGUUCCCCACCGAUCCAAUGCUUGCCAAGGCUAUUCUAGCAGCCGAUAAGUAUGGAUGUGUCGAGGAGGUGCUUUCGAUAAUCGCCAUGCUAGGCGAAGCCAGCUCUCUAUUCUUCCGACCCAAAGACAAAAAGAUCCAUGCCGACAGUGCUCGCGCGCGUUUCACCAUUAAAGCCGGCGGUGAUCACUUCUCACUCCUAAACGUGUGGAACCAAUGGGUCGACUCCGACUUCAGCUACGUCUGGGCGCGCGAGAACUUCCUACAACAACGAAGCUUAACGCGUGCCCGUGACGUGCGCGAUCAGCUCGCCAAGCUCUGUGAUCGGGUUGAGGUAACUAUUACCUCUGCGGGGGCCAAUGAUCUCGUCCCCAUCCAAAAGGCUAUCACGGCCGGGUUCUUCCCGAACGCGGCGCGUCUACAACGUGGCGGUGAUUCAUACCGGACGGUCAAGAAUGGACAGACUGUGUACCUACACCCGUCCAGCACGCUGUUCGAGGUGAACCCGAAGUGGGUAAUAUAUUACGAGCUGGUCCUGACGAGCAAGGAGUAUAUGCGUAGUAAUAUGCCACUGCAACCCGAGUGGCUAGUGGAGGUGGCCCCGCAUUAUCAUAAGAAGAAGGAUUUGGAGACGUUGGGGAUUGAUAAAAAAGUACCGAAGGGGCAGGGGGCGGCGGGGGAGAAGAGUAAGGUGUGAAGAUGCAGAUUAUCAUGAUGGCGAUGGCCGACAACGAAGAUAAUGCAUUUUGGAUAACCAUUUAGUCGAAGAAAUGUAUAUGUAUUCUAGAUAUAUCCAUUAUAUACUCUAUAUUUCAACCGCCGUAGACCCCCUUAUUCCAGUAGCUUACAGCCAAUCAUCACAUGGAAGUUUCGGCUGACAAAGGAGCCGAGUUCGCCAUCUGGACGCCAUGUCCAAAUAGGCCUAGCUUUCCCGGCGUCCUCGUGCGGGCCAAAUCUACCUCGGCUCUCACAGCGCACAGGCGACAAAGCAACGACCGAGAGACGUCGGUUCGAUUGGCUUACAGUUGAACGUGGUGCCAAAGAAGUUGAUCAUGGUGCCAAUUCUUUAUGCACUUUAGUGCUCCGUCUAAAAUCCCCCACCCACUACUCCG